GGCUCCCUGCACUGGAAAUAACGGUCCCUGUAGAGUUCCAGUGGCAGUGCCAACAUUUCUUACCUUGGUCCAGGGAGUACAGGGGUGCCUCAAAACACACCUACAGUGUCCUCGGAGUUGCUUUGGAUAAGCUAUGGCUCAGGACAAGACGGAAAAAAAUGAAGUGAAGGAGGAUCCAGUGGUAAAGGGGGAUGGACCCUGGGAAUCUGAGGAAGCCAGGAAAUUACAAAUGUACCUGCUAACACUUUCAAAAGCCAAGACGUUUGCAUCUCUCCACAAUAAGAAAAAGUUGGAUCCAAACUACAGGGAUUUCUCGGAGGGGCCAUUUGGUUUUGGCUCUUUCGUUUUCCCUUGUUUACAGCGUUUCAACAACAUUAAGUCCUUCCUGACUCUGUGUUUUUUAGUGACCCUGGUUCAUGGAAUGAUAUUUGCUCUCGUUGAUCUGAAUUUAAAAGUUUAUACGUCUCAAUUAUCUAUGUCACCAUCAGAGACAUUAGUAAUGGAUGCUAGUGAUUAUUUUGCCGGUUUUCUGGUAUCAAUAUUUGUAGCACACUUUGGAGGUAGAGGGAAUAGGGCAAAAUGGGUGGCAGCUGGCAGCAUUUUAACAGGACUCUCUGCAAUUGCUUUUGCUGUUCCUUUCUUUAGUUUUGAAGUUAUAAAACUGGGCUUAACAAAAGAAGAGUUGUGUGAGGAAGGAAAAAAACCUAAAGUGUGUGAGCCGACUGUAAUACCGCACAAAUCAAUAUGUAUGGUUAUCUUCAUCUUCGGGCAGUUUCUCCAUGGAUUGGCAGGCAUGCCAUUUUAUCUGCUUGCUACAAGCUUCAUUUUUGACCACGUUCCCACAAACUCAUCUGGAUUAUAUCUAGCUAUUGCAGAUUCUGCACUAGCAAUCGGAUAUUGUCUGGGUUUUAUAGGAGGAAUACAAAAUUUUAAGAUUCCUGUGAAAGAUGCUAUGCAAGCAGUUGGACAUGUUCAGAGGUUUCGAAUAUUGCAGCGUGGUUGGUGGAAAUCCUAUAUUUUUGUUGCUGUAUUUGCAUUUUGUACAACUUUACCGCUGUUCUGUUUUCCAGCUUAUUUACCUGGUGCAAAGAAGAUAAGACUUGAGAAAAGUCAGGAACUUCCCACCAUUGACAGGAGACUUGAAAAUGAGAAAAUUGAGCCUAAUUUGAAAAGUGUUCUUCAUGCUAUUUGGUGUCUUCUGAGGAACCCGCUGGUGCUUACUCAGACAUUCUGCAAAGUCACAGAGUCUAUGACCUUAAAGGCAUCUUCAUAUUUUUUGCCUCAAUAUUUGCAAACUCGGUUUUUAAUAACACCAUCACGUGCCUCUAUGCUCUCAGGUGUGUUUUUACUUCCAGGAACUAUAAUUGGUCGGUUUCUUGGAGGCCUUAUUGUUGACAGAUUGGAAAUGAAUAAUAAGGAAAAAUUGAAAUUGAUAAUGAUAGCAUCUUUUGUUUCAAUUGUGCUUUUCCUAUUAAUUUUUUUUGUGAAGUGUGAAACAUCAAACUUUGCUGGAAUCAAUGAUGAUUAUGAUAAGCUUGGUAUACUUGGAAACCUCACAGCUCCAUGCAAUGCACCCUGUGGUUGUACAACUUCUGUCUAUAAUCCUGUAUGUGGGAGAGAUGAGACACAAUAUUUCUCUCCCUGUUUUGCUGGGUGUAGAGCUGCUAAACAACAAAUGCAGGAAAAGGCAUACUACAAUUGUUCUUGCAUUAACAACGGAUUAACUACUGCCGAUACUGAAGGCCAAUAUAUUGAUGCUGUCUCUGGAACAUGUAAUACCAGAUGUCUUGCAAUACCUUUGUUUUUUGCCUUUUACUUUAGUGCAACCAUUUUUUCUAAUGUCUGUUCUAUACCUGCCACUUUGAUCAUCCUGCAAAGUGUACCUACCAGUUGGAAUUCAAUGAGCCUGGGUGUGAUGUUUACAGUCCAGAGAUUCAUUGGCUCUGCCCCAGGAGUACUACUUUUUGCAGCAACAACAGAUUUUACUUGUAAUUUCUGGGAUAUUAAUGAAUGUGGAGAAAAAGUUCAUUGUUGGAUCUACAAUGAGGAACAUUUGGUCUACACAUUUCAGACAAUGUGGAUUAACUUGCAGAUAUUGACAGGCUUGCUUUGUCUUUAUGCGGUUUAUAGAUAUGAUUAUGUGGUAAAAGGAAAGAGUAAGAUAUCGGCUACUCCUGUAAAGGAUACAAAGGAAGAAGAAGGUUAAUUUCUAACUGACUUCUUCAUUGGGACUGGAAAAUCUGUGACGUACUGCAAUAUAUCCUUUAAAAAUUCCAUAAGAUGUUGUUUUGCUAUAAUUUCAGGAGAAAAAGAACAUUAAAUUAUCUAUGUGGAUCUUUAUUUUCAUAAUAAAAAUUACUUGUGUGAAAUAUCUAA